AUGGAAGCGAAGCCUCCACAGAUCAGACCCUGCCCCUGGAGCCUGGUCCUCAGAGCGUUUGAAGAAUCGUACGUCCAGCUUCAGCUUUGGCGCUUUGUCUCUGAGCGAAGAGGAGCCCCAGGAAAACCACAUAACCGAGAGACGAGGAGACAGAGACCCGCCCCCAGCACUGUCAAUCACAACUCAGAGACCCCCCCCAGCCGUUGCAAUCACAACCUCCGAGCCCCGCCCAUUUACCUGUGUUUCCAGCUGGGCUUAUGGGACCGCCAGUCCAGAGACUCGAGCCCCCAGAGGAGGACAGCCCAGCUAAGGUACAGGGGCAGUGCUCAGGGAGGCGUUGAGCUUAGCAUCGCCUCAUACCAGUCCGUCCAAAACAGUCCGUCCCAACCAACUCCAGCGUCCCAAGAUCUCCUCCCUGAACCAGAACGCCGCGCCAACAGACCCGGAGCGCCGAGCCGAAGGACCCAGAUGAAACCUGCAGAACCUGUGUGUCUUGGCCCCGCUUAUUUCCCAGUCCUUUCAAGUCCAAGAGGCCAGUUCACCGAGAUCGUCAUGAGCCCCGCCAAAAACUGUUCAGGCCAGCAGCAGCGACAGCGUACCCUUGUACCAGACCAGCUCCCUCAGAUCUGCAGACAUGGACCCAGACAUAUCCACAGUCCAGAGCAGUUCCUCAGAGUCUGCAGAGAACAUGGAACCCAGACAAGUCCGUCCUUAAAACUUGACCUCGAAGACAACAGGACUCCAGACAAGAUCGCGGCCCACCAAAGUCACGGACUGCGAGGCCAUGAUCUAGCGAGUUCCUUUGACAGAAAUAGAUCCCAGAAUGUGGUUGUUUGCCCUCGAGGAUCGAAUUUCGCUGCGAGCCUGAAGGACAGGACGCCGGCCUCAAUUCUGGACAACGCCAAGUGA